AGGCAACUACAGCCAACCAGGAACGACCAUGUGACUGCGGGUGGCGCCCUUCACCUGUUGGAAAACCGGUGCAUCUUGAGGAAGGAUAUCAUUAACUGACAGGCUGCGUAUCUAUUGGUAGUAAACAGCUUUUUGAAAGCUCUGUUUUUAUUUUUCAACUCUUAGAACGACCAGAUGAGUAAGACAGUGGCUUCGAUAUGUGGGCAAACUUAGGCGCUCACCUUAAAUUAAUGAUGCUAAACUUUUUGAGUCUUCUAGCAAACUAACUAGCACAGAUUUGCCAGUGAGCUGGAAAAUCCGUACGGUAACCUGUGUUAAGUGUCAGAAAUACUCCCUGUACUCGGAGACAAUUGACUGCAGUCUUCAUUAGUUCAACCGGAAUAACCCUAAAAUGCUAACUUCUGAUGCAUUAAGACCUUCCACAACACCGAGCCGAAAGGGCCCUGGGAAAAUGUGGGCCCGUCUGGAGGACCUGAAAAACCCUUGGAGACAGGGUCUUACUAUGGAGCUCAGCCACAAUGAAUCAGCCCGGCUGGCAACUGAUGCCUUACUACAGUCGGGCGAACAAGCAUACCAACGAACUUUGAAGGAAGAAAAAGAACUACCCUUCUUGUCCAGAACAGAAAUUAACUACAUAACAGAAAAUGCCACUGGUAACAACAGUUCCCCGGGCAUGGAGCCCAACAAGCGUUACAGUCUAAAUGGGAGCAUUGAUGGCGACUGUUUGUCGGAGCAAACCUCCGGGACUUACUUUCCAAUGAUGUCUGAUACAGAACCCCCUGUUUUAGAACUUGGUUGGCCUGAGUCAUACACAGCGAAAUAUGCUCCUACUGAAGUGUAUGCUUAUUUCCAGAAUGACAGGUCGAGUAGUCUCAAAGACAUGAUCCGUUCCUUAAUAAACAGAGCAAAAACGCUAAUAGCAGUUGUGAUGGACCUAUUCACAGAUGUUGAUCUGCUACUUGAUCUGUUGGAGGCAUCCUUAAAACGGAAGAUCCCAGUUUAUGUUUUGCUGGAUGAAAAAAACAUGGAAUACUUUAAAGAGAUGUGUAAAAAUCUGGAUAUUACAUCUGCAAUUCUCUCGAACUUCAAAAUCCGAAGUGUUUCAGGAGACACAUACUGCACUAAAUCCGGACAGAAAUUUACGGGCCAAAUGUUGCAAAAGUUUAUGAUAAUAGACUGUGAACACGUCGUUGCUGGUUCUUAUAGCUUUACCUGGUUAUCAGGGCAGGUACAUAGCAGCAUGGUUGUACACUUAAAGGGGAAGAUCAUCGAGCAGUUUGACAGAGAGUUCCGCUGCCUGUAUGCUGACUCUAAAGUAAUAGACUGUUUCUCUAAUCCAAAUGAUGAAUCUGCUGAAUUUCCUUACUGUAGGCCUAAGAUUUACCAAACCCACACCUUGCCAGAGACCAGUAUUGAUACAGUACUGUCUAAUCCUUCCAGUAGUUUGUCUAGUUCCAGCCAAAACAGUGUCAAACGAAUGCCUCUUAACACUUCAACUUUUAUUGUACCUCAUGAACAGAAAGGACCAAAGACUCAUUUCAUUAACUCUGAAAUGAGAUCAACAAGUCCCCCUUAUAAUCAUGACAGAGGUUCUAAUGGUAAUAUAAACUUUCCGGUCCAUGGAGAAAAGACAGCAUUAGCAUCUGGUCAGAUAUUCCAGCCAAAGAUUUUGGGUCCUGGCAUGCCUGCGUCAAACACAUCAACCUUAAACAGUGUGCAAAGCAGAAUCUUUGAACUGGAAUCAAAUCAAAAACAAACUCCACGUGGCGUUUUUUUCAGAAAAAAUGGUGGUGAUACUCCAUUGCCAAAAGACAGAGAUAAGCAUGGAGUUAUAAAACCAUCCCAGCAAACAGUCGAUAAAGAUGGAGCAUUAGAAGAUACAGAUUAUCAAACUUCUGUCAACAGUGGUGGUCCAGGAUUCUCACAAGAAGACCGCAAAUGUGAUUUAAAAAGAGAUGAGAAAAGAAUGACCCUUGGGCAUAGUAAACUGGAAAUGGUUAAGAACUUCAACUUAAAGCACCCUAAGAAAGUAUACAGCAGGUUUGAAGGAACCAGCCAGUAAUAGUAAUUUUAAUAGAAAGUCAAAAGAAAACUACAUGCACAGACUAACUUUUCUCUCUAAGAGAGAAGUAAGACUGCUUUAUAAAACUACUAGAUCAUGCUGCAAAAAUGGAUUAUAUUUUGCAGCUGUAUUGAUUUCGAACCUUUAUGGGGUAUUUAUGUUAACUGUGUACAUGCAAUAUGAAAAAAGCCAGUUUUGUAAUAUUUUGUACAUAUUUGUAACCUUUUUUUUUUUUGCCAUUUAGUUAAUCAUUUUGUAUAUUAUGCAUGUAUAAAAUGGGAUCUGUUUUAAUAAUGUAAUAUGUUCUAGUUAUUUUAUUGUACCUGGAAAAUAAAUUAAAAUGUUUGUUAUAGCGCUCAAACUGAAAGCCAAAUCUCCUCCUCUUGCCUUUAUAUUAUGUUUGAAAGUAGUUUUUGCCUGAUUUAAGUCAUUAGGAUAAAGGGCUGUAAUUUUUAUUCAUAGAUGUUACUACUAAAGUCAGAUGUCUUGCUAAGUGGCAGUAUACAUUUACUGUGCCUUAUUCCACAAGCCUGUAAGCACUUAAUGAGCAAAUCUUCAGAAAUCUGAAACAUUUGUUUAAUAAAAACAAGUAUACUUUAA